UUUUUUUUUUUUCCGAAGGAAACGUAAGAGCAAUUUCUAACUAACCAAAAGUCUAGAGGGAGAAAAACAAGGACCCUCUUUCCGAUAUUAUCCCUUAAAUAGAUUCUAAGGUUUCUCUUCCAUCUCUUUCGACGGACAGAGAGAGAAGGCUAAAAAUUGGGAUAAUCGAGCUUUUGAUAUCGGAGGGGAAAAUAGAUAAAUGGAUCAGAUAUUGAACAAGGUGGGCUCCUAUUGGCUGGGCCAGAAGGCCAACAAGGAGCUCAAUUCCGUCGGCGACGAUAUCAACUCAUUAUCCACCAGUAUUGAAGGAGGAGCGAAAUGGUUGGUUAAUAAAAUCAAAGGAAAAAUGCAAAAGCCAUUGCCAGAGCUGUUAAAAGAGUAUAACCUGCCAAUAGGAAUCUUCCCUCGUGAUGCCACUAACUACGAAUUCAAUGAAGAGACGGGAAAGCUUACUGUUUUUAUUCCAACAAUAUGUGAAGUGGGAUAUAAGGAUUCAUCUGUCCUGCGAUUCUUCACCACUGUUACUGGGUAUCUGGAGAAAGGAAAGCUGGCUGAUAUAGAGGGUAUGAAGACAAAAGUGAUAAUAUGGGUAAAGGUAACCAGUAUCACAUCUGAUGGAUCAAAGCUCUAUGUCACUGCUGGAAUGAAGAAAACCAGGAAUAAAGAGGCUUAUGAGGUUUCUAGGGAUGGUUUAAGUGUAGAUAAGUUCUAAAGUGGUUAGAAUGCAUGUGGGAAUCCCAUUUUUAUUAACUAAUUUCUCAUAGCUUUUGAGCCUUCGUACUUUUGUCUUCAUAAAUUAUAACAUUCAAGUACAAAGAUUGGUUGUCUCUCCUAUGGUUAUUAUUGUGGUAAAGCUUUACUCUGUUCUGCAGUGAAGGUGGCAAUGCCAUGUUUAUUAUAUUAAUUGUAUGGAAUUGGCACAUUAAGGGUGUAGAACCUUGGGUAUAAAGUUCUUAUGAAUUGUAUGGAA